UAGGUACUAAUACUCUUUUUCAUUUUAGUUAGCUGCUUAUUUUAUUUGGCUAGGUAGUUAAGUUUAUGUUGGACAGUUAAAAGAGGAAGAAUCCAACACCAACAUGAUCCAGUAGCAUCAGACAGAGUGACACAGAUACUCAGACCACUACCAUGUAUUGCUUAUCCAGCCUUUCCACAACCAAACCUCUAACUCUUGCUUCUCUUCCCACUAAUAAUGACUCUCACUCUCACUCUCCUCCAUUAAUCCAAACCAAUCACACUAAUACUAGACCUCCCACUCCCAUGCACAUAACUAUACCACAACCCAAAACAACUCUACCAACAACAAAGAAGCAGAAGCAAAAACGAAAACAACCAUCAAUAGAAGAAAUAGAACGUGCUAUUAGCGCCGGAAGGUACCGUGACAUUGAUCCCAAGGAAUUGGAAGAGUUAGACAAGUCUAAGUUCGACUUGGCUUCCAUGAGUUUUGGUGACAAGUUUGAAAGCCCUGUGGAGAAGAAGCUCCGUGAGACUGGAGAGUCGCUAGAGACUUGGACCCAAAACAGGAAAAAAGGUCCUCAUGUUUGUGUUUCAAUGGGUAAUACCAAUUUGGACUUUGUCAAUUUUAGUGGCCUCUGGGCUCAUCAAGCUACCAUUCAACACCCCAUUUCUUGAUGACCUGCUUAUGUGACCAUGGCGGAUCAAGUCUAGGCUCCAAUUUACUUGCUCCUUGUGGUCUAAUGGUACUCAGUUUUAUAAAGACCAUCCAGCUCACAGCAUGGUAUCAAUUUGAGAUUCUAGGCAGCAAGGUCAUUGAUCCUAAACAGUACUUCUGAAAAAAGUGGGUGGAUCAAUUUGCUUGAAAAUUGUACAGACAUUGCACUACGAAUUUGUAUAUGUAGUUUGUUUACCUACUCAUGUGGUUGGGUGGCUUUACAUGUGGAUUCUGACAUAUUUGCUGAGAGUUAUGUAUGAAUCUCUCAUUUUUUAUUUAA